AUGCCCCUGGAGCUGACUCAGAGCCGGGUGCAGAAGAUCUGGAUCCCGAUCGACCACCGCCCCUCGCUGCCCAGAACCUGUGGGCCAAAGCUGACCAACUCCCCAACAGUGAUUGUCAUGGUUGGCCUCCCAGCCCGGGGUAAGACCUACAUAUCCAAGAAGCUGACUCGCUACCUCAACUGGAUUGGUGUCCCCACGAAAGUGUUCAACGUUGGAGAGUACCGCCGGGAGGCUGUGAAGCACUACAGCUCCUACAACUUCUUCCGCCCUGACAACGAGGAGGCCAUGAGAGUCCGGAAGCAGUGUGCCCUCGCUGCCUUGAGAGACGUCAAAAGUUACCUGAUGAAGGAAGGGGGCCAAAUUUCAGUUUUCGAUGCCACCAACACCACUAGGGAGAGGAGACACAUGAUCCUUAACUUUGCCAAAGAGAAUGAUUUCAAGGUGUUUUUCAUCGAGUCGGUGUGCGAUGACCCUACGGUUGUGGCCUCCAACAUUAGGGAAGUGAAAAUCUCCAGCCCGGAUUACAGAGACUGCAACUCAGCAGAGGCCAUGGAGGACUUCAUGAAGAGAAUUAACUGCUAUGAAGCCAGCUAUCAGCCCCUCGACCCUGACAAAUAUGACAGGGACCUGUCCCUGAUCAAGGUGAUCGACGUGGGCCGGCGGUUCCUGGUGAACAGAGUUCAGGACCACAUCCAGAGCCGAAUCGUGUACUACCUGAUGAACAUCCACGUGCAGCCUCGCACCAUCUACCUAUGUCGGCACGGAGAGAGCGAGCACAACCUCCAGGGGAAGAUCGGAGGGGACUCAGGCCUGUCCGUCAGGGGCAGGAAGUUUGCCAACGCCCUGAGCAAAUUUGUGGAGGAGCAGAACCUGAAGGACCUCAAGGUGUGGGCCAGCCAGCUGAAGAGCACCAUCCAGACGGCUGAAGCCCUUCAGCUUCCCUAUGAACAGUGGAAAGCGCUCAAUGAAAUUGACGCUGGUGUCUGUGAGGAGAUGACCUACGAGGAGAUCAAGGACACCUACCCUGAGGAGUACGCUCUGCGCGAGCAGGACAAGUACUACUACCGGUACCCCACUGGGGAGUCUUAUCAGGACCUGGUCCAGCGCCUGGAGCCAGUGAUCAUGGAGCUGGAGCGGCAGGAGAAUGUGCUGGUCAUUUGCCACCAGGCUGUCCUGCGCUGCCUGCUGGCCUACUUCCUGGAUAAGAGUGCAGAGGAAAUGCCUUACCUGCGAUGCCCCCUUCACACCGUCCUGAAGCUGACGCCGGUCGCUUAUGGCUGCCGUGUAGAAUCCAUCUACCUGAAUGUGGAGUCCGUGAACACACACCGGGAGAGGUCAGAGGACGCAAAGAAGGGACCUAACCCACUCAUGAGACGCAAUAGUGUCACCCCACUAGCCAGCCCCGAGCCCACCAAAAAGCCUCGCAUCAACAGCUUUGAGGAGCAUGUGGCCUCUGCCUCCGCUUCCCUGCCCAACUGCCUGCCCACGGAGGUGCCCGCGCAGCUGCCUGGACAAAACAUGAAUGGCUCCCGGAGCAGUGUCGACUCCUCCCCGACGCACUGA